AUGAAUAAAAACAGUGAAAUCCAAGACACAGUCCGAACACUCAACGGGGAGCUAAAGGAACUAAAAGAGCGCCACAUAGACCUCCAAACAAGAUCGAUGUGGGAUAAUCUCAUUUUCGACGGAAUUCAGGAGGAAACAGAGGAACACACGGAGGAAGUUCUGAAAACCUUCAUUCAAAAGGAGAUGAAUAUAAGUGAUGAUUUACCAUUCCACAGGGUCCACCGUAUGGGGAAAAGGAUUCCAGGGAAGCAUAGACCUAUAGUUGCCAAGUUUGUUCUCUUCAAGGAUCGAAAAAAAGUACGACGAGCGGCACCAUCGACUUUAAGAAACAAACCUUACGGAGUGAAUGAGCAGUUUCCGAGAGAGAUCCACGAAAGAAGAAAGCAACUGUAUCCGCACUUUAAAACGGCCAAACAGCAGGGGAAAAGGGCAUCAAUGGUGGCGGAUUAA